UUUUUGCUAAGUUCCGUCCAUUAUUAUGCCACUGUCUAUUUUCUCUUUCCACUAUAAAGCCAACUGAAGCUUCAUCCACUUCUCUUCCAGAGCAACAAACACACCCUUUUCUUUCUGGCUUCAGUUUUGCCCUGAAAAUGGCAGUGACUCUUACAUCAACACUCUUUUUGGCUUUGCUUUUUGCUUCUUCAGCUUUUGCUGCCCUUCAGCCUAGACUACCAGAAGCUUACCUCCAAAAUGGGAACUUUGAGGAGCAGCCAAACCCCAAAUACCUUAAGAAAACAAAGCUCAUUGGGAAAUUUGCUUUGCCCAAAUGGGAGAUCAAUGGUCUGGUUGAGUAUGUCUCAGGGGGUCCCCAACCUGGAGGCAUGUUCUUCUCAGUGACUCAUGGAAUCCAUGCUGUGAGGCUUGGCAAUGAGGCCUCAAUCUCCCAAACCAUUAAGGUCAAACCUGGUCAACUGUAUGCUCUAAUUCUUGGGGCCUCAAGGACUUGUGCACAAGAUGAGGUUUUGAGAAUCACUGUGCCUCCACAGACUGGUGAUGUUCCUUUGCAGACCCUUUAUAGCCUCAAUGGUGAUGUUAUUGCUUGGGGAUUUAAGGCCACUUCUAAUGUUGCCAAAGUGACUUUCCACAACCCUGGAGUUCAAGAAGAUCCAUCUUGUGGCCCUCUUUUGGAUGCCAUUGCUAUUAGGGAGUUCUACCCCCCAAUGCCUACAAGAGUUAAUUUGGUAAAAAACCCUGGGUUUGAGGAGGGUCCAUUCCCAAUUUUCAACUCAACCAAUGGUGUUUUGCUCCCUCCCCAACAAGAAGAUAGCUUCUCCCCUCUCCCUGGUUGGAUCAUUGAGUCCCUCAAGGCUGUGAAGUUCAUUGAUUCAAAGCACUUCAAUGUCCCAUUUGGACUUGGAGCAGUGGAGCUUGUGGCAGGCAGGGAAAGUGCCAUUGCACAAGUCAUCAGAACAGUCACCAACAAAGUCUACAACAUCACAUUCUCAGUUGGAGAUGCCAAAAAUGGGUGCCAUGGAUCAAUGAUGGUUGAGGCAUUUGCUGCCAAAGAUACCUUUAAGGUUCCCUUCAAAUCUCAAGGAAAGGGCACAUUCAAGACUGUGAGCUACAGGUUCAAAGCAAUUGCACCAAGAACCAGACUCACUUUCUACAGCUCCUUCUACCAUACCAGAAUUGAUGAUUAUGGCUCUCUCUGUGGUCCUGUUCUUGAUCAAGUUAGAGUGUUCCCUGUUGCCUGAAUAUGAGUUCCAUUCCACCUUUACUGUAAUAUGUAGUAACUGAGAUUUUUGCAAAUCACUUGAGCCUGGCUUAUCUAUUAAUUGCAAGAAGAUGAAAGAUAUUCUCAACUUUUAUUCGGUAUAUGUAAAUUUCUAUUUAACUUUUUCAGGGUAUGCAUGCAAGAGAUGAGUUUUAAUGUGUUUUCAA